UUGAGGCGUCGAGUCGACUGUGUGAUUCGGUCCACAUUGGCGAGCUGCGGUUUGACCCGCUAAGUGUAUCUGACGAUCAGGUAGUCAGCCCAAGCUUUGGGCUUUCAGCUUUCACGCAAGCGACGGCCAUGGCGACCGAGCUGUUGUCGCCUCUCCUCCUGCUCUUGCUUCUGGCCGUUGUCACCUUCUCCUGCUCGCCGGUGGCGGCGAGGACUCCGGAGCUCGUCGAGCUGACCCUCCUCGCCGGCGCUCGGGAGAAGGGCGCAGUGUGCUUGGAUGGGAGCCCGCCAGGUUACCACCUGCAGAGAGGCUUCGGCUCCGGUGCCCACAACUGGCUCGUCUACCUUCAGGGAGGAGGAUGGUGCAACACCACGGAAAGUUGUUCCGAGCGCAAAAUGACCGAAUUUGGUUCAUCAAAAUUUAUGGAAGCAGUAGAGUUCACUGGGAUACUCAGCAAUCGGCACCAAGAAAAUCCUGAUUUCCACAACUGGAAUAUAGUAGUUGUAAGGUAUUGCGAUGGGGCAUCAUUUGCUGGGGAUGCUGAGGGUGAAGAUCUGGAUGGAACCAAACUUUUCUUCAGAGGAUUGCACAUCUGGGAAGCAGUUGUUGAUGAACUCAUGACAAAAGGAAUGGACACUGCUAAACAGGCCUUGCUUACAGGCUGUUCCGCUGGUAGUCUGGCUGCACUACUGCACUGCGAUAAUUUUCGCAAACAAUUUCCUCAGGAUGUUUCAGUUAAAUGCCUUUCUGAUGCUGGAUUUUUUAUUGAUGAGAAGGAUUUAUCUGGAGAAAGGUCCUUGCGGUCGCUCAUCAAUGCAAUAGUCCACCUUCAGAAUGUUAGAGAAGCUUUGCCCAAGGGUUGCCUUGCAAAUAAGGACCCAACAGAGUGUUUCUUUCCUGCUGAGCUGAUAAAGAGCAUCAGCACCCCCACAUUCAUUCUGAAUUCUGAGUACGAUUCUUGGCAGAUACGAAACGCUCUCGCGCCAAAUGGAUCCUAUCCUGGACAGGCAUGGUCCAGUUGCAAAGCAGAUAUUCGGAACUGCAGUUCCACACAAAUUGAUGUACUGCAUGGAUUCAGGAAGAAAUUAGUCAGUGAAUUGAAGGUUGCUGAAGAUAAGAAGGACUGGGGGCUAUUCAUCGAUUCAUGCUUCACCCACUGUCAAACGCCAUUUAGAAUCUCAUGGAUCUCACGGAUCUCCCCAAGACUUGGUAAUAAGACUAUCGCAGAGUCUGUUGGGGAUUGGUAUUUUGGUAGAAGGGAAGAAGUGAAAUAUAUUGACUGCAAGUAUCCAUGUAACCCCACAUGCAGCAGCCGUCUGCCUACUGCUUAAUCCACACAGGACCACACUGAUAUUACCCGUCUUUCCCCCAUGUUCACAGUUUUAACCUCAAUUCCAACUUUGUCUAGUUGAGGUUUCAAAAAGGAACCUUACCCCUUUUUUUAUAAGACCUACGCUAAACUGAACACGAUUGGAAGUACUAUGUUGCAUACUUCUGGACCACAUGAUGAUUUGAAUUACAGUUAUACUCA